AUUAAAAAUAAAAGUCGGUGUAAAUGCUACUGAUACAUAGAUAAUUAUGCAGAUUGUGUCAAAUUAAAAGAUUUCCGUAACAUAACGGUGACCUUAUUUGAUAGGAAUAUCAUCAGGAAAUAUAAACCUGUCUUUAUAUCAGCAUAGGUGGGGUUGGAGAUGUCGAAAAUUCGCACUCGUCUCGCAUAACGAUCUAAGUGACGUCUCAUGAAUUUCGCGCGAACCUUAAUAGUAAAGAAAACGUGUAAAGACUAUUUAUUUUCAAUGACAUAGUAAUAAAGAUAAUUUUUAUUACCUGUUUAAUAAAUCCAGUGUUCAUCAGUGAUGUAAGAAUGACGGACAUUGACAAGAACCCUAUCUCACCGUUUAUAAAACAAUGUUUCGUGUGCGCGACUGUUUGUAUGAAUGUGCUGAGUAAUGGUUGCGCUUAUGGUUUCCCUGGGGUGCUGCUGCCACAACUCAAACUUCCUGGAUCUCCAAUACCACUCACCAAGUCCCAGGAGUCAUGGAUAGCAUCAGUGGUAACAAUAGCGAUGUUGGUGGGCAAUUUCAGCAUGCCGGCGGUGAUGGACCGACUGGGACGCAGAAAAGCACACUUUAUCGUCAUGAUACCCACCGUCAUUGGGUGGCUACUCAUCGUAUUUGCUACCAGUGUAGAGAGUUUAAUUCUAGCCCGCAUCAUGCACGGCCUAUCCCUCGGUCAGGUGGUUUUAAUUCGCGCCGUUAUCAUCGGAGAAUACACGAGCCCCAGAAACCGUGGAGCCUUCCUCACAUUGAUAUCCGUCGCCCAAUCGUCUGGUGUGUUCUUCGUCCACCUGCUAGGCUCCCUGGUCAGUUGGCAGAUCACCGCCGGCAUCUGCGUCCUCUUCACGAUACUCAGCUUUGUCAUGACCUUCGUCCUUCCAGAAUCUCCUAGCUGGCUCGCAAACAACGGGAGAUAUAUCGAAUGCGAGAAACAUUUCCGGUGGCUCAGAGGCGACGGCGAAAACGAGGAACUGAAUGAAUUAAUCCAAGCCAGAAUAAAACACAACUCGGAAUCGGCCGUAAAUAUCGGUCAGCUCAUUAGAAGUAUGGAGUUUUACAAGCCAAUAAUUAUCAGUCUGCACGUGUCGUUGAUAACAUAUUUCAGUGGUUCCAUGACCAUCGCGGUCUAUGGAACCAGCAUCAUCUCAAACAUCAUGGGAUCGGAUGUCGACGCACACUUCUGGCUGGUGUGUUUGGACGUGACUCGAAUCGUCACUAGCUUCCUCGCCGUGUACCUCAUCAGAACAUUCAAAAGGCGGACCGUCUUAUUCAAUUCCGUUGGCUUGUGUCUCUUCAUACACGUUCUGAUUAUCUCCUACGUGUACGUCAAAAGUUACGUAUCGUUCGACUACGUAGCGAUUCCGGCGUUGUUAUUAAUUCUGCAAUGCGUGGCUCUGUCUUCAGGCAUAUUGCCGAUGAACAACGUGAUAGUUGGCGAAAUAUUUCCUUUAGCGCAUCGCAGCGUCGGAAUAAGCGUCACCACCGCAAUUGCUACCGGAUUCCAUUUUGCCGUUCUCAAGACGUUCCCAUACCUCCUCUCGGGGCUGGGGAUCGGGGGCGUAUACGGGAUCUACGCGACUGUCAUUUGCUACGGGUUCUCGGUGAUAUGGUUCGCGAUGCCGGAGACUAAAGGACGGACAUUACAACAAAUUGAGGAUCGGUUCAAGGGAAUAGAAGGAGUUGUCCCUGAAAUGGAGAGUUUGAAUAACAACCAAAAGUGCUAAUACUCAUACGACGCCUAGCAUUUUUAAUCUGUGUGUGUUAAAAUUAUGAAGAGUGCCUUUACAUGUAAAGCACAGAAAGGAAUGUUUGCGUCAGUCGAAAGUCAAAUUGAGGGUAGAUUAAGUGAGGUAGUUUAUAAAGUACAAAUUAUUUAUUUUUUAAAAGUACAAACUCAACGAGAGCAUUUACAUUAUAAAGUACGGAGAACAAUUAAUUCCAAACACACAUCAAUGCAGAAGUCAACUUGUUUUAUCAGUCUGCAUUCACAAUACAUUAAAUACCUAUUUGCUAAUACUUG